UGUUCCAUUCCUUCUCUAUAUAAACCUAACAACCCCAACACCACUUUCCAUCAGCCCAACAGCCUCCCAAGAGCAAAGCAAAAGAGUGUCCUCCAUCAAUUGAUACAGUUACUUCAACAGUUAACCAUGAAGAACAUCUACUUCUCUGUGGUCUUCCUCCUCUCCCUCCUCUUCUUCUUUGCUCAUGUGAGCGUCGCAACCAUUCCAUGCAGCACGGUUGAAAUGAAGGCCGCAUCUUGUGUGACCUAUGCCACUGGCAAGGACGCCAAGCCGUCCCCUGCAUGCUGCAAUGGGCUGCAGCAGCUUGCUCAGAGCGUGAAAUCUGUCAAUGACAAGAAGACAAUCUGCCGGUGCCUCAAGGACGGCGUGAAAAACGUUGGUGGCGUACAGGACAAGUUCUUGAGCCAAAUCCCGAGUGUUUGCAAGAUCAAAGUUGGGUUUCCUGUCUCACUGACCACCAACUGCGAAUCGUGA